CCCGCCUCGCUGAGGGAGGCCGGGAGGCUGAGGGAGCCCGGCCUGGUUUUCCCCUCUUCCCCGCCCCUGAGCCUGCCGCGGGAAGACGGCGUCCCGCCUCCUCCUGCCGCCGUUACGGGUGGGCGCUGCUCGCCCGGGCCUGGCCUGCAGGAAGUUCCCAGCUGAGAAGUUUGGAGCCGGGGCCGGGAGGAGGCCGCGGGGGUCCUGCGGAGGUGCGAUGCCGCCGAAGGGGCGCGGGAGAGGCAAGCUGCCCCUUCCUCUUCCGAGAGACAUGAUCCUGAAAGACACCGAAGGAAAAGUCUGGCGGCUGGGCAGUCAGCUCGGUCAGGGAGGAUUUGGCUUGAUCUAUUUAGCUUCCCCUCAAACUCAUGUUCCUGUAGAAGAUGAUGCAGGGCAUGUAAUUAAAGUGGAAUAUCUUGAAAAUGGCCCCUUAUUUUCUGAACUGAAGUUCUACCAGAGGGCUGCCAAACAAGAGCAGAUAAGAAAAUGGAUGAAUCUCAAAAAGAUAAGAUGUUUAGGAAUUCCAGUGUUUUGGGGAUCAGGCUUGGCUGAGUACAAAGGAAAAAGCUAUAGAUUCAUGGUCAUGGAGAGACUUGGGAAAGACCUUCAGAGAAUCUUUGAAGAUUGUGGAAGCAGAUUUAAGAAGGAGACUGUUUUGCAACUUGGGGCAAGAUUGUUGGAUACUUUGGAAUAUAUACAUGAAAAUGAAUAUGUUCAUGGUGACAUUAAAGCAGCAAAUCUACUUUUGGGGUACACUAAUCCACAUGAGGUUUAUCUUGCAGAUUAUGGACUUUCCUACAGAUAUUGUCCCAAUGGGAACCACAAACAGUAUCAGGAAAAUCCUAGGAAGGGCCAUAAUGGGACAAUAGAGUUUACCAGCGUAGAUGCCCACAAGGGAGUAGCCCCAUCCAGACGAGGUGACCUUGAAAUCCUUGGCUACUGCAUGCUGCAAUGGUUAUGUGGGAAGCUACCCUGGGAACAGAACCUGGCGGAUCCUGUAGCUGUCCAGACUGCAAAAACAAAACUUAUGGAUGAGCUCCCAGAUUCAGUGAUGGAAUGGGAUUCUUCUGGAAGUGAAAUAUCCAAGUUUUUGGCAUGUGUUUAUGGCUUAGCUUAUGAUGAGAAGCCAAAUUAUCAAGCACUCAAGAAAAUCCUGCUGGAUGGACUAGAGUCAAGUGGAACUCGCUACGAUGGCCCUCUGAAAUUUUCUGCUGGAUCGUACACACGAAAUCACUGUGCUGCUGAAGUGUCAAAAGUUCGCUUACAGAAGCCUAUGCCAAAACCAGUUCAGCAGAGGCAAAAAAAGAUGGAAGGUGAAGAAUAUAUCUGUCAAAAUAAAGCCUGUACUGGGGUAACAGGCAAGCAAAUCCAAGAUGAAGAAAAUCCAAGUAAAUUAAGCAGGAUGCUUCAGCACAUAGAGCCUCAGCAGCAGGUUCACUCACCAAAGCCUUCACUGAAACCAGUGCGACAGAAGGAAAAGAAGGUGAAGGAGGAAGAGUCUUACUGCCUAAGCAGGCCCCAUGCUCAAGUAACACAUCAGCAUUGCAAGGCUGAGGAGAAGCCAGUUAAAUAUUACAGGAUGAUUCAAGAGCCUGAUCCCCCACAAAAGAAAGAUACUGCAAGAGAAUUACCACCAUUCAACCCCCGAGCAAUACUCUCAGAGUACAGAAAGAAACAUCAUCAGCUUUUAACCACAGCUCAUUCAGCAUCAUUGCAAGAAACUGGCUCUGACAUAACUAGUCCUUCCAUAUCUCUCUUAUUUCAGCUUGCAUUUACUAAUGAAACAUACCACUACAGUAUAGCUAUACUUGUACUUCUGCUACUCAUUUUACUUUCCUUGUAUCUUCUCUGAUGUCACUGUUCCUGUGUCUCCAGUCUCAGUCCAGUGUUCCCAUCAUGCACUUUUUUUCUCAGAGUUUCUUCAUUGAGUAUUUCAAUGUCAGUGGCUUGAAAAAGUUUUUUGAAUAAUACUGUCAGCACAUAUUUUAGAAGCAAGCUCUCUUAACAUCUGUGCUCAUAGUUACACAUACAUUGAACUAUUUGUACAAGGCUGUCUUGUGUUAAAAAUG